AUGUCUUCGUCAGUUCCUUACGAUCCAUAUAUCCCUAGUCAGACCACUGGAGAUCAAUCAAACUCCAGAACUGCCGCCAUACAGGCCCAAAUUGAUGAUACUGUUGGUAUCAUGAGGGACAACAUCAAUAAGGUGGCAGAAAGAGGAGAGAGGUUAGAUUCGAUUGAAAACAAAACUGACAAUUUAGCCAUUAGUGCCCAAGGGUUUAGAAGGGGUGCUAAUAGAGUCAGAAAGGAUAUGUGGUGGAAAGACAUGAAGAUGAGAAUGUGUUUAAUUUUGGGAGUCAUCAUUGUGUUGGUUGUCAUAAUUGUUCCCAUUGCCGUUCAUUUUAGCUAA